AUGACACAGGACACCGGAUUCACUCUUCUUUUGGGUCCAUUCUUCUUCUUCAACGUUACCCGAACGAGGUGGCUGCAGAUGUUCACCACUACCACGCGUUGGGCAGCCUUUAUUCUCAUGAUCGCCCUCGCCUGCGUACGCAUCUGGCAUUUUCCCCCAAAGCUAGCGGACCCCCCGAUGACCUCGACGACUCCUGCCACCAUUACCACCACGCCCAUUCCGAUUCCCCAUCCACCAUUGGCCAAUUUCCACAAUGUGGCUUCCCUUUUCGGAGUGUCCGUGUACGCCUUCAUGUGCCAUCACUCCCUGCCCGGCUUAAUUACCCCCGUCCACAAUAAGCACCACAUCUACUCAGCUCUCUUACUACCAGCUUACGCUGUGGUCUUGCUUCUCUACUUCCUCCUUGUCGGAACUGCAGUCGCCGCCUUUGACACCAUCGAGGAUCUCUACACUCUCAACUUUGUGCCCUCGGCUGAUCCUGAUGCCCACGUCAGCCCGUUUAUUCUGGCUGUGGAUUACUUUCUCUCCCUCUUUCCAGUCUUUGCUCUCUCCUCCACCUUUCCCAUUGUCGGCACCACGCUUUCAAAUAACCUCUUCGCUUUGAUUGGUCUACUGUUGCCAGCCAAUCCCUAUCAGACUCUGUCGCCCGACGACAGCCCGCGCCGACUGGAUGCUCGCCGAUUGGCUAUUCGUAUUUGCGUACCAUUGGUAACUCUGUUGCCGCCGGUGGCCAUCGCUUUUGCAACAAAUGACAUUGAGUUUUUAGUGGGAGUGACCGGGGCCUUUGGUGGCAGUGGUAUUCAGUACGUUUUUCCCACCGUGCUGGUGUACUAUGCUCGUCGAGAUCUGGAACGGCGUCUGAAGUUUAAGGAAAAUGUUGGGUCAGAGGCGGAAGAGAACGAGCUCUCUGAGAUGGCGAUGGUGGGGCCUUCCAGUCCCCAGGAGGAAGAGGGCGUCUCAGAGAGCGCACCGCUGAUUACGCUGCGCCGACCCGUGCGGAACAGGAGUCAAAACCCCUUUGCCUCGCCCUUCGCACACACCUUCUGGCUUAUUCUUAUGCUGGUCUGGGCCGCUUUCUGUGUACUGAUAGUCCUGCUACACCGGCUCAAAUGUUUCUAG